AUCCAACAUGGCGGCCGUUCUGCCGAAGCUGAUCCCGGGCAAAGGCCCCGGGGUCACAAAUGGGGCAGUUUCAGGUUAUUAAUCGAGGUCUUUAGAAGGGAGGAUUUGCGGUCAGGAGACUGAAAAUAAACAUAUCGUCAGGAUCCAACAGAACUGCCCAACUGACUUGAAUGUCGUGAGAUUUUGAACAUGGACGUCAAAAGCACCGUUCACUCUGCAGAGCAGCCAUACCUGUACUCUGUGUGUGGGCGAGUUUUCAGUCAAUCACCUGGCCUCAACAGACACAAGCUCAGUCAAGUCGAGGGAAAACCAUGGAAAUGUGAAGAUAGUGGGAAAGGAUUCAGGUCAUCGACAAAGCUGGGAACUCAUAGGCAUGGUGACACCGAGGAGACACUUUUCACCUGUUCCGAGUGUGGGAAGGGAUUCGCCCGGCCAUCCGCUCUGCACGUACACCAGCGGGUCCACACCGAGGAGAGGCCUUUUAAAUGCCCAGAUUGCGGGAAGUGCUACAGAAGUUCCGGGGAGCUGAUGCGCCAUCAACGUGUUCACACCGACGAGAGACCUUUUAAAUGCCCGGACUGCGGGAAGUGCUUUAUAAGUUCCACCGAUCUGGCAUCCCAUCGACGUGUUCACUCUGAAGAGAGGCCUUUCAAAUGCUCACACUGUGGGAAGUGCUUUAAAAGUUCUGGGGAACUGAUGUCCCACCAACGUGUUCACACGGACGAGAGAUCUUUCAAGUGCCCGCACUGCGGGAAGUGCUUUAAAAGGUCCAGGGAACUGACACGUCAUCGACAUGUUCACACUGGGGAGAGACCUUUCAAAUGUUCGGACUGCAGGAAGUCCUUCAUAAGUUCCUGCGAUCUGAUGACCCACCGACGUGUUCACACGAAUGAGAGACCUUUCAAGUGCCCGGACUGCAGGAAGUGCUUUAAAAGUUCUGGGGAGCUGAUGUCCCACCAGCGGAUCCACACCAAGGAGAGGCCGUUCCGGUGCUCCCGCUGCGGGACUGGGUUCAGGUGGUCGUCGGCACUCACUGAGCACCAGCGCAUUCACACCGGGGAGAGGCCCUUCUCCUGCACCGAGUGCGGGAAGAGGUUCAUUCGUUCAUCCGCCCUACUGAGGCACCGGAGAGUUCACACCGCGGAGAGACCGUUCAAGUGCCCAGAGUGCUGGACCGUCUCCAAAAACCCCUGGGGACUCACAUCCCGAAGCAUUCAGUCUGAGGAGAGACUGUUGAGGUGCUCCGACUGUGGGACUAAAUUCAGAUCAUCGUCUUGACUUUUUUUUUUAAAAAAUUAUUCCUUCACAGGAUGAGGGCAUGGCUGGCUAGGCAGCAUUUAUUGCCCAUCCCAGAGGGCAGUUAAAAGUCAACCACAUUGCUGUGGGUCUACAGUCAUGUGUAGGCCAGACCACGUAAGGACAGCAGUUUCCUUCCCUUAGGGAUAUUAGUGAACCACAUGGGUUUUUCCAACAAUUGACAAUGGAUUCACACACCCGUAGUGGGAUUCAAACCUGGGACUCAUUACCUAGGUCUCUGGAUUAAUAGUCUAGUGAUAAUACCACUAAGCCAUUGCCCCCCUUUGAUUCACCAAACACCAAUGCUCUCGUGCUGUAGAGUGGUGACCCCCAUCCCCAACCCCAUCCCCAUUCCCCCUCCACCCCACGCACACGCACACGCACACACACACACACACACACACACACACACUGAACAUAGGGUCUCAGUUCAGUCAUAGUUAUACAACACAGAAACACACCCUUCGGUCCAACCAGUCCAUGCUGACCAUAAUCCCAAGUCAAACUACUCGCACCUGCCUGCGCUUGGCCCACAUCCCUCCAAACAUUUCUUGUUCAUGUACUUAUCGAAAUGUCUUUUAAACAUUGUAACUGUACCCACAUCCACCACUUCCUCUGGAAGUUCAUUCCACACAUGAAUCACACGCUUGUGUUAAAAAAAAA